UCUACCACCCUGUCUUUCUUCUUUCAAGCACACACACACACACACUUAUGCUUGCUUGACUGGAUAGGUCUGCUAGGAUAGCACGUUGUUCUGGAGAGCAUAGAGGACGUUUAAACUAAGGACGUUUCUGGGAAAACUGAGAAAAAUAUGGAGCAGGAGAAUCUGAUUGAAAAGGAUCUGGCCCUGAGCGUGCUGCUCCCAGAGGGUCAUGAGAAGACGGUUACGGUGCACGGCAGUAAACCAGUGAUGGACGUGCUGGUCAUUCUCUGCGCUCAGUAUCACCUGAACCCCUCAGAUCAUGUGAUUGAGAUUUUUUCCACUAAUCACAACAAGCUCAAAUUCCAGCCCAGCUCUCUGAUUGGCUCACUGGAAGCUGAGCUCGUUAUGCUGAAACCUAAACGAAGUGACGUCAGAAAGGCACCCAACAUGCCUGUGGCUACGGUGCGUCUGUUGAUAAACUACAGGAGGUCCCAUAAGGCUGUAGUGCGAGUCAGUCCCAGGGUUCCUCUGUCUGAGUUAAUGCCGGCUGUGUGUGAGAAGUGUGAGAUGGACCCCAAAAGCACAGUGCUGUUGAGAGACAGCCAGUCAAAUGAGCCACUGGAUCUGACUAAAACACUGGACGACUAUGGCAUCAGAGUCCUGUAUGCGAAAGCUGUUUCAGGUUCUCCAAAUGACCCCGCUCCAGUGACUCAGAAAGACUGCAAGAAGGUCCUCGGAGGGAAAGAGAACACGAGAUUACUCGGCUUGUUUAAGAGAAGCAAGAAAUCGGCUGAAGAGACUCGCACCAACGCUGACGCCAUCGCCAUCGGCACCGCCGCCUCCCUCGUGCUGAAAGAUCAGCAUGCAAUCAAAACAUGCUGUUACGAAGCAAACUCCACCUCUGAAAUGCCCAAGAAGCGACGUGCACCUCAGCCUCCCAGCAUGCUCAGCUCCCAGAGCGCCUCUGCCGAACCGAACUCUAGUCGACAGGCCGCACCGCCAUCCGGAGAUAAUGAAAAACAGGGUGUGCUGGGUCGCAUCUCGUCCGUCAAGCACAAUAAACGCAGAGCUCCGCUUCCUCCGUGCACAAGCCUCUCCCUGCCUGACACGUCUGAUAAAGAAAGGUCAUACUUUCAAGCGGACACUAAAGAGGACGACCCUGAUGGAGCCAGUUUCAUCCAGUCCAGAGAUUUUAAACCAACUCGCUCGUCCGUCCCACGGUACCCUCUAAUGACCGAGGUCGUGUCAGAAUUAACCAACCGAAUUAAAUCCAUGGAGCAGAAAGACGCCUCAUUCCAUUGGUCCGUCAAACAUUCACCUCCAGCAUCAAACCUUCCUCCAGAGUCUGGAUCUGUGGUGGACGGUGAUCCGGUGGUGUCCCCUGGCUGUGAGGUGCUGAGACACGGCUCACAUAGAGAUGGCAUUAACACCUUCACCGUGGUGCCUCAGAGAAGAACGCAAAGCACCAGAAGAUACGAGUUUCUUCUCACCAUGGAGAAUUUGGAGACGAUUAACGGAGAUACAGGAGGGCGUAUGGAAGAUAGGAUUUCAGAAUCCAGGGACACUGAGGAGAUAGAGAUGAGCAGGAAAGAGAUGGUGAUUCUCGAAAAAACAGAUGAUGAAUUUGAGAACGUAGUGGAAACAAAUAAACAGCUGGGUAUAAAAGAAGCGUUUGGAAAAUUACAUCUGAACAUAGAUGCAGAGGAAGAUCCCCCAGAGGAAGAUCCCCCAGAGGAAGAUCCCCCAGAGGAAGAUCCCCCAGAGGAAGAUCCCCCAGAGGAACAUCUCGCAGAGAAAUAUCUCCCAGAGGACAGAAGUGAGAUGGAAGACAACAGAGACUGGAUAGAGGAGUACAGAAAAAGAAAAAUGGGAUUUCUAAGCGAAGAUGAUAGGAAAGAAGCCAAAUUAAAGAUGUUUAGAAAGCCAUUUCUUCAUCAAAUGCCUGAUGAUGUUGCUCCACAACCAUCAAAACUUUCUGUCUGCUGGGAAGAGGAAGAAUCUGAGACACAGGUUCUAGAGGAUACUGAACGUUUUGGGAAAGAUGAAGAUGAUGAAGACACUCUCCAAAACCCAAACCCAUCCAGAUAUGAACCUCAGCAUGACCCUACAUCUGAAGAACCCUACUGGGAUGUAAACCUUUCCUCCAACCUUCAGUCCUCUGAUACACCUUUUACAAGCUCUUCCCAAUCCAGUCCUCAGAAUCUCCAACCCAAUUUGCUUCAGUCUGCUUUGCCCUGUGACUCAAAUUCUACGCUUGAACAGAACUUUGAGCUUUCUUCUCCAAACUCGCAAUCUUUGUUUGCUAUAACUGUCGCCCGGAGAGCUCAGAGCCUUGGGAAUGUUGUCAGUCCGUUAAUACCAUCUACAAGAACCAUCAGCUCUCCAACACCACAUCCUCAAAGAGUCGGUUCACAACACACUUCUUCUCAAAAGCUCUAUUUCCAAAAUCUGAUCUCGCAAGAGUUCAUUUCUAAGAUUCCAGCAUCUCUAGGUCCUUGCACUGAAGCCCCGCCCACUUCUAAAGCCCCGCCUCCUGAGGUUAUGACAACUCAGGCAAGGAGGCAGGCCUGGAGUUCCUUUUCACACACACAGAUGAAGAAUUUAAAGCAAGUAUGAAGAUCUGGGUUUAGAUGAAGCUUUAGCACGUCACAUUCUGUUGUUUUUGUUAUGCCGGCAUGUAUUAUAGAAUGAAUUAGUUACGUUUUGAUGAUUUUUUAUUUUUAGUUCUAUUUCUUAUAUAAUGCUCGCAGAUUACAUAAAAACAAUUAGAAAAUA